UUAUAGCGAUCCCCGACUUUUCUGCCGGUGCGAUGGAGAACUGGGGUUUGAUUACAUUCAGAGAGACGGCUAUGUUAUACCACGAGGACGAGUCCACUUCGGCUAAUAAGAUGGCAACCAUUGCGGUCAUCGCUCAUGAGAUUACACACAUGUGGUUUGGAAAUCUGGUCACUUGCAAGUGGUGGUCAGACCUAUGGCUGAAUGAGGCGUUUGCAUCAUAUCUAGAAUACGCAGCCGUUGAGUCGGUUGAGACCACUUGGAAUUACUUUGACUUAUUCUUAAUGACUGAUACGCUGUCAGCGCUGACCGCAGAUUCUUCGGCCACUUCUCACCCCAUUGUAAGACCCGUGAGAGAGCCUGAAGAGAGAGCCUAUACCAGUGCUAUCGUCUAUAAUAAAGGUGCAUCUGUACUACGAAUGCUUGAGUUCGUGAUGGGAACGACAUCUUUCCAGAAGGCACUCACGGCAUACAUAAAGGCUAAUGAAUACAAUGUUGUGGAAACAGUACAACUCUGGGAUGAACUCGAAAAAGAAAAUAAUCAUGCGGCAACUAUUAAGAUACACGAUUUAAUGGAUAGUUGGACUACAAAAGCAGGCUUUCCGUAUCUGAACAUUUCUAGACUUGAUCCAACCACUGUCUGGUCAGUUCCCUUUUCAUACUAUAAAUCACUAAAACCACAAAAACUUCCCCAUUUGGAGUUCAUAACCAAAAAAGAGGAGACAAUUACCGUGGAAACUGAUGCCAGUCUUAACGGUCUCUUAAAGAUCAACACCAAUAGUGAAGGCUUUUAUUUAGUGAACUAUCCGGAGGAGGAUUGGGGGAAAUGGAUCGACGCGUUGGUCAACGACCAGAACAGUAUACUGUCGGACCUGACGGUCAGCGAUCGCACGAACUUCAUAAUCGACUCGUUCUACCUCUCGAGGGCUGGACUCCUGUCAUAUGAGACACCGUUAGCUCUGUCUGAGUAUCUCAAGAGAGAGAAACAUUUGACGCCAUGGAGUGUUGCCAUC